AUUUUUAAAUAAUUAUGUGUAGUCUGUGCCGUCAUUUCUGCUAGUGUCAAGUAGUCAUUUAUAAUCUUUCUUUUUUGCGGUGUUUGACAAUUCAUCGAGCACAUUUUGAGAAGUUCACAAUGCAGAUCUUCGUCAAAACCCUCACGGGAAAAACCAUCACUCUUGAGGUGGAAGCCUCCGACACUAUCGAAAAUGUUAAGGCCAAGAUUCAAGAUAAGGAAGGAAUUCCGCCGGACCAGCAACGUUUGAUCUUUGCAGGAAAACAAUUAGAAGACGGGCGUACAUUGUCAGACUACAAUAUUCAAAAAGAGUCUACACUUCAUCUUGUACUCAGGCUUCGUGGAGGUACUAUUGAACCCUCCCUUCGUAUCUUGGCUAUGAAGUACAAUUGUGAAAAAAUGAUCUGCCGCAAAUGUUACGCCCGUCUGCACCCUCGUGCAACCAAUUGCCGCAAGACCAAAUGUGGACAUACCAACAACCUGCGUCCCAAGAAGAAGCUUAAGGAUUAAAUUAAUUUUCUUUUAACAUCCUUAUCCUGUGGCUAAUUUGCAAGUAUAAUAUAAAAUCUAAUAAAAAAGGCA